AUGGCCAUUCAUCUUGAAGGCACUAUGCACAAAUAUAAGGUCUUCACACUGAUUUCACUUCGCCGCGACUUGUGCAAGGCUGGCGAUGGUAGUAAGCGUCUCAAAAUUGUCCAAAGUGUAGAUUCCCAGGCCGUUCUGAAUAUAUGCGAGUUCAUCUACAGAAAAUCCCGUGACAUUGAGUGA